GGGCUCGAUUUCUUCAUCGUUUGAAAGCCUUGGGGCUCUGGACGUCCCGUUGCCUCCUCGCCUGCCUCGAAGAAGUCUUCUCCGACGCCGGCGGCGGCGUGAUCGGAGGGCGGCCGGCGGGCAUCGAUUAGCCACCGUCCAUCCCUCUCUCUUCUGCUUUUCUCUCUUUCUCUCUUCCCGUCCCUCGAUUCUUCGCAGGCACCGAAGGCUCCCCUGCCUCUCUCUUCAGUGCUAGCGAGGCUCUGAGAGAAUCUCUAAAAGUUUCAGAGGAAUAUUUUCUUUUCUAGAGUGUUGGGACAACAUGCUUCUCAGUAAUUGUGUGGCUUCUGGAAGCCCAGCCAUGAAACCAGGGCCCUGCAAUAUUAAGCGUAAUCCUUCUUGGGCAUAUGCCUCUCCUGUUCGUGCUUCUGCAGCAUGUCCAAAAUUCAGAAGUCUAUCUACAGCUUAUCGAGAAAGAAAGCCUUUAUCCUUAGGAGGAGGCUCCACUCUACACCUUUCUGGGGCAUCAACUUCCUUUCUGAGAGGAGACCAUGGUUGCAUUGCACAGAUAAUGCCUUUGUUGGACAGGCACAGGAAGGUGUUGCCUAGAAGCUUAGUGGUCUCUAAAGCAUCCAAGAGUUUCUUUAGCUAUCCGCAAAUGAUCACUAAGCCCAAAUGGUGGUGGAGGACCUUAGCUUGUAUUCCAUAUCUCCUGCCUCUCCACUAUGUAUGGUUUUAUGCUGAUACGACAUACCAACUACACAACUUCCUUGAAGACUUUGACUUCCUAACAAACCCCUUCCUUGAUACCAUAGCACUAUUGCCCAACUGGUUCAUGAUGGUGGUUCUGUAUAUAGCUUAUCUUGGUGUGGUGAAGAGGAAGGAGUGGCCACAUUUCAUGCGGUUUCACAUUACAAUGGCAAUGCUCCUUGACACCGCCCUUCAGGCCUUGGCUAUUGCAUGUAGUUGGAUGCCAAAUGCUAUAUUCCGUGGUAAGCUUGCAAUCUAUUUCUGGGUUGCGGUUGCAUUUGUGCAGAUGUACGUGGUGCUUGAAUGUAUGAGAUGCGCACUUGCAGGCCAGUAUGCGGAUGUCCCAUUUAUGUCUGAUGCAGCAUAUUUUCAUACAGACUUGCUUUUGUUUGGAUUAUAGGCAGUUUCUUCCUUCUGUUUUCUUUCUUGUCUCCAGACAGUAAUAGUUGAAUGAUGUUAUCAGGAAAAAAAAAAGGGUAAUGAUACAGUGAGACUUGAGUAUCAGGAGAAAUUAGGAUUGAAUGAGCUCUAUAAGGGGUGUUUCCAACUUGUAAGCCUGAUUGGGUCCAAAGAAUUGAUAGGAAUAUUUUGUUGAUGUGCUUAUUUGUUUAUUUCGUAUAUUGAGGAACUUGAAUAAUUGAAUGAAUGUAUUUGCUGCAUUAAAUU